UUAAAUUUAUUGUUUCUGUUGUUUUUUUUUUUUUUUUGUUUGUUUGUACACAACAAAUGUAAAGUGAUAAGAUAAUUGAACUUUGUUGUUUUUUAGUAGAUUUUAUUUAUAUAUUUCUGCUCUGUACUUUUAAAAUAUUCCACACCAUACUAGGAGGCUUUUUAAAAAUUACUACAAUAUUCAGUUCAAAUUGCAACUGUAAGCGAAGGUGAUAAGACCUAAGUUUAUUGAUGUUGGAUUAAUAUUAAUUAAAUAAAAAAAUAACCAUUAACCAUUAACAAGUAAACAAUGCCGAAAAUCUAUUUUAUUGGUGUUGAUGUGGGGACUUCAUCAGCUCGUGCUGCUUUGGUAACAUCAGAUGGAAAGGUCUUAAAACAAGCUGUUCAAAAUAUACACAUUUGGAAUCCAGAACAUGAACAUUUCGAACAAUCAUCGGAGGAUAUUUGGAAUGCAGUCUGUCAUUGUGUUAAGAGCGUCACCAGUGAAGUCUCUAAAGAGGAAAUCGUUGCAAUUUCCUUUGAUGCCACCUGUUCCCUUGUGGUUUUAGGAGAAAAUGGUGAACCUUUACCGGUAAGCAAUAGUCGACAGCCGGAACAAAAUAUCAUUUUAUGGAUGGACCAUAGAGCUCACAAAGAAGCGGCCCAAAUCAAUGAUACCAAACAUGAUCUCCUUAAAUAUGUGGGCGGUCAAGUUUCGGUUGAAAUGGAAUUGCCGAAAUUAAUGUGGUUAAAAAAUAAUCGUUAUCUCUCGACCUGGACUAAAUUGUGGAGGGUAUUUGAUUUGCCGGAUUUUCUAACAUGGCGCAGUACCGGCUGUGAUACAAGAUCUUUGUGUUCGGUAGUUUGUAAGUGGAAUUAUGAUGCUGUCAAAAUGGAAUGGAAUGCUGAUUUCUUUAGAGAAAUAGGACUCGAAGAUUUGCUUAAGAACGGAGCGGAAAUAAUAGGCAAUGAAAUAAAAGAACCCGGUACGCCAGUUGGUAAAGGUUUAAGUGAGGCAGCGGCUAAAGAAAUGAAUCUAUUACCUGGCACUAUAGUAGGCACCUCCCUAAUAGAUGCUCAUGCCGGGGCAUUGGGCAUGUUUGGUUGUCGUUCGACCGAGUAUAAUUGUGAGCUAGAGGGUAAAUUGGCUUUAAUUUGUGGCACUUCGACAUGCCACAUGAGUCUGACUAAGGAGCCCUGUGAGGCCAUUGGCAUUUGGGGUCCCUAUCGUAGUGCCAUAAUACCGGGUUAUUAUUUAAAUGAAGGUGGGCAAAGUGCUGCUGGGUUACUGUUGGAUCAUGUUAUUAAAACGCAUCCACAAUAUAUGCAUAUUAAAUUGAAAUUAAAUGAUAAUGAACAUAUAUAUAGCUAUUUGAAUAGAUUGCUAAAAAACAUGGCCAAAGAACGGGGUCUUGAUGAUGUUUGUUACAUGACCAAAGAUUUGCAUGUUUGGCCAGAUUUCCAUGGUAAUCGUUCUCCCAUAGCUAAUCCCAAUUUAAAAGGAAUGAUUUCUGGUCUCAAUAUGAAUGUAGAUGAAGAAUCUUUGGCAGUUUUAUAUUUAGCUUUUGUACAAGCUUUAGCGUAUGGUACCCGACACAUCAUUGACAAUUUACUCAAACAUCAACGAGUGCCUUUCAACAUUUUACUUUUCUGCGGCGGUUUAGCGAAAAAUGCUCUUUAUAUACAAUGUCAUGCGGAUAUUUGCCAAUUGCCAGCUUUAAUACCCGAUGAACAGGAAAUGGUUUUAGUAGGAUCUGCUAUGUUGGGUGCUUGUGCUGCUAAAGUUUAUGAAAAUUUAGAAUCUGCUUCUGCGGCCAUGGGUGGUACGGGUAAAUUGAUUAUACCACAAUUUGGCACUAAAGAUUUUCACGAGCGUAAAUAUCAAGUUUUCUUAGAAAUGUUAAAGGACCAAUAUAAAUACAAGGAUAUGAUGUGAGAACUCUUAGCUCAAAUAAACCUUGAAGGCAUUUAAUAAUAUGUUUAGAAAUUUAGUUAAUUUUAACUUACAUUCUUUCUCUUUUUUAUAUAUUUUGCGUAUUGUAUGUACAUGAUAAAAUAAUUUAAAUUUGUUUUUUCUUUUUGUUA